UCGUUUAACAAAGUGGUGCGCGCAGAGUGGCGCUGGAUUCGAGGCAAACAACACCUACCACAUAUACCUAGUAACCGAUUGUGAUAGCUGUUAAAAAUAGAAUUCCGGACGUAGUCUGAGCAAAAUUGUUAACGUUUAUAUUGAAGGCACAAAAGUAAAUUCCGUUACAAAAAAUUAUAUUUUCUAUUUGCUCUCCCCUUUCCAUUGUUGUUGAGUGUGUGUGCGUGCGUGUCAAUUUUACAGUGCAAAAGCUCGCUCGUAAGAAAAGAGAGCAAUUUAUUGUAUGAGUCAAAAAACUGAAAGACCAGUGCUAUCGGGUCAACGCAUCAAGACCAGAAAAAGAGAUGAAAGAGAAAAAUAUGACCCAACGGGAUUCCGUGAUGCGGUCAUUGCUGGUCUCGAAAAAACUGAAGGCGACCUGGAACAAAUCUCUAAAUAUCUAGACAGCGCGGGCAACAAGCUCGACUAUCGUCGCUACGGUGAAGUUCUCUUUGACAUAUUGAUUGCAGGAGGUCUACUAGUGCCUGGUGGUUCCAUAUCUCAGGAUGGCGAAAAGCCGCGCACAAGCUACUGCAUCUUCGAUGCGCCCGAGAGCAUGGAGAGCAUGCGCAACCAUGAGCAGGUAUUUGUCAAGCUCAUCAGACGGUACAAGUACCUUGAGAAAAUGUUCGAAGAGGAGAUGGGAAAGGUUCUAUUAUUCGUAAAGGGCUUUACUCCUAGUGAACGCAUCAAGCUUGCGCGUAUGACAGCGCUCUGGUUAGUCAACGGCUCUGUACCUCCAAAUGUUUUACUGGUACUAAACAACGAGCACCUGAUCAAGGAUGGCAUUGCUCUGGAGUUUCUACUAGAGCUGUUCCAGACGUUCAAGCAAGAGAAGGGCAUUGCAUAUCUGAUUCAGGCGCUUAAGAAGGGUGGACUGGAAAGCAAACUUAUGGACUUUUUCCCACCGAACAAACGUACCGAGGAAUAUUUUAAACAAGUUUUUCUUGACAAAGAACUCAACGAGAUCGUUAAGCUGCAUAAGGCUCAGGCUAGCCAGGAGGCGAAGCGUGAGUUGCAGCAGGCGCUCAUCGAUGAUAUCAACGAUGAGAAGCCAUAUCAUGAGAUAACCUCUGACAUUAAGGACUUCUCGCAACGCACCAACAUUCCCGAUCAUGAAAUAAUUGUUAUUAUUUGGUCCACCAUCAUGUCAUUGGGCGAAUGGAAUAAGAAGGAGGAGCUGGUUACCGAUCAGGCUGUUCGUCACCUGAAGAACUACUGCCCACUGUUGCAGGCUUUCGCCUCGACCGACCGUUCGGAGUUGGCCCUAAUCUUGAAGGUGCAGGAAUUCUGCUACGAGAACAUGAACUUCAUGAAGGCCUUCCAGAAAAUCAUUUUGUUGUUCUACAAGACCGAGGUUCUGUCCGAGGAGAUCAUCUUGCGCUGGUACAAGGAGGGUCACUCAAACAAGGGCAAAAUGCAUUUCCUUGAACAAAUGCGAAAGUUUGUCGAAUGGCUUCAAUCAGCCGAAGAAGAAUCCGAAUCUGAGGACGAACAAAAGAAUGGCGAGUAAGAACUUGGUUGAUGGCUAAAUGAGGAUGAACACAAACGGAGCCGCCCUUUAGCAUCCCCACCCAAAAAUUCGAAACCAGCACCUGCAACAGCCAGUCGAACUAUAUAUAAAACUCACCCCUAUGAAUAACGUCAUUUUGAAAACUCCACCUAUAUAAAACUCAAAAAUUCCAACAAUAAAGGAGAGAGUAAACAAAAACAUGCUAGAAACUAAACGUUUGCAGUCCAGUCUGAUAUCAUCCACGAAUCGAAUCUUCACUUAGUUCCCGUUUGCAAUAUACCGGCAAACCCAGAUUAAAUAUGUUAAUAAAAGUUUCAAGUGGAAACGGCAGCAUGCUCCAAAUUAAUAAAGAACAUCUGACCUCCAAUAUCGUCGAUUACUGCGACUGGAGAUCCGCGGAGUUGUUGCAACAAUAGGAAACCAAAAGCGAAACCGUAGAGAUGCUUUGUGUGAAUACGGGGAUGUGUUCCGUUUGUAUGUUCGCAUUAUUCUUCAAUCAAUUGUCCCCACAUAUAUGCGUUUAACAAGUAGUACUCACUCUCGAAGGAUUUGCCACGGCGACGAAA